AUGCCUAUACCGCCGCCAUCGUCUAUACCGACACAGCCACCGCCUGCGAGCGGCUCUGGCCUUUCGCGGACUCGGUCUCUGCGCCGGCCGCAGGUCGGACUGUCAGCUUCGGCGGCCGCAGCAGCGCAGCCAGCACAGGCUGCACAGACUGGAGCACGCGGACCGUCACCCAGCCGUCUUCCCGUGAAGCCAACAGCGGCGACGACAACGUUGCUUAGCCAGAAACCACGGCCCCCAUCUGCUACGGGCAGCCUAUCAUCGGCUCGCGUACGGCGGCCAGAUGCCGCCCCUGCACCGCCGACGUCUUCGUCUUCGUCGGCCAUGGCGCCAAGACCAGCAACAAAGCCUCCCUCGUCGUCGCGCACGCAUCUGAUAUCGUCAGGUUCUGCGGGGACGGCGGCCGGCGGUGUUGCGCCGCGACGGCCGGCGUCAGCGACUGGACGGCCCACGUCGUCUGGCGGGCUGCCGUCAUCCUCGUCGACGACGGCUACCUCGACACAAAUGACACGAACACGCUCUGCCGCGGGAGCAUCGGCGGCGCCGGGCCCUAUGCGAGGCCACACGCGGAACAAAUCGGCGUCCAUAGUAUCCGGUUCGUCAGCGACAGCAGCAACAAAACCAGCGACGAAACCGCCUCCUGCAAGACAGCCACCUAGACCCCCAUCAGCUACGACUCUGUCGUCUGCGACGGUCCUACGACCUCCAUCAGCGCAGUCGUCGUCGACCGCCAGCAGUGGCACUGCCAGCCGCCCACCAACGCGUGGCGCCGCGAGUGCGUCGUCCACGACCGUCACCGCGCCCGCCACAUUCACUGCUCAUCGCCGCAACGCAUCGGCCGUGGCCACGUCGACCACCUCGCAUGCGGCUGCUGCCGCCGCUGCCACACAUCACCGCCCUGCGUUUUCCACCCACCAGCAGCACUACUCCCCGGCCAAAAACCUCGCCCCAAAACCGCGGAUUGCCGCCAUCCUCGCUCCGCCCGCCUCGCCCUCCAAGAAGCCAGCCAACGUCGCCCUAUCCGCCGAGACUGGCCGUCUUCAGACCACCCUGCUCCAGCUUCACCUGCUCCACCGCGACGCCGCCGCCGUCACGGCCGAAUGGCACGCCUCAGCACGCCAGGCGCUGGCCGGCGAGCGUCUGGCGGCACUAGCGGCCGACCAUGCCGAGCUCGUGCAGAUGGCCGGCCAGCGUGCCGAGUCGGCCAACGCGACGGCCCUAUACGAAUGGGGCCGCCAAGACGGCGGGUCAUUUGACCUGGGUCUGACACUGGAGGACAAGAUCCAGGCACUGGACGCGGUGCUCUCGGGCGUGUGGUCCCUGUCUGCGGCCAGCCAUCAGGACCACACCGACGCCUCGUCGGCCUCCGCCUCGUCCACCAGCCGCUACGUCCAGGUGGUGCGCCGGUUCGACCGCUGGGCACAGCACACGGCCGAUCUUGUCGCGGCACGGCAGGGCAUCGACACGCUCGAGGACCUGAUGGACGAGGACGAGAGCAGCGGUGACGAGCAUGGUGACAGACACAACAACACGAAUGUUGCGGCAGGAUUCCUGUCCAAUGAAAAAGAGCCCCUUCUUGACGCAGCAUGGCACGAAGAAUGUGCCCACCUAGUGCACAAGCUCGAGGGCUGGCAGCAGCAGCUGGAACACUUGGGCCGUGUCGACAAUGGCAAUGGCCAUGGAAAGGAGGCACAGGCACAACAGCAACAGCAGCAGUCCAGUUUGCACCGCAUAUUGACCAACUGUCGCAGCUUGGUCGACGGCAUGCUGGACGAGCUGCACAUGAUGCAGCAGCUAGAGCGUGACGCAGCCGAACAGGAGCUGGUCUGGAUCCAGAAGUUGAACGCAGCCGCUGGUGCCAGCAGUCCCGGCCGCCAAAAACAUGUUCGACAACCAGCUAGAGCUGGUGCGAUUUGGAGAGUUAUGUAA